AUGCUGACGGUGCAGGACCUUGCGUCACAUGGCUAUAAAGUGGAUCUCAAAACGUUUUUUUCGUUACGUACUGCCGAGAAAAUUGCCUGCUAUUUGGCUUCACAAGAAUGUGUGACAAAAGUGCCGACUAAGGAGUUCUAUGCAACAACACGCUUCACUUUUGACAUUCCUCUCUCACCACAGCAAAAGCGACUGUGGUUCCUGUCGAAAAUGUAUCCUGAGCGUGACUCCUACAUUAUCCGCCUCAAUGUCAAACUCAAGGGUCCGGUAGAUGUAAGGAUAUUCAAGAAAUCUUUCAAUGCAGUCGUGAUCAAUAAUCCUGCCAUGAGAUCAGUGAUUGUUCUGCAUGAAAUCGACCCAGUACUAGUGCGACUCUCAGGAACAGAGUGUUUUUAUGAUCUCCAGCAGCAAGUCGAAGAAGAUCCCAAGCUGGAUGGCUCAUCUUUAGUGGUUGCUGAAAUUGUGGUAGAGCGCCAAUACUGCAGACUGGAUCUCAGAAUUCAGCAUCUAAUUUGCGAUGGCAGGAGCUUGGCCAUAAUAGGGGAGCAGUUGGCCAUUGCAUACAAUGGAGGCCAAGUCCGUUGUUGCGACACCACCCAGCACGUGUCGGAAACUGAUGACUCUUUGAAGUUCUGGAAGGACUAUCUGAAAGAUUAUGAACCCUCAGUAAUUCAUGAAGAAGGUGGCAAAGGAGCUCGUGACGGCGAAGCUGGUUACAUCGAAGUAGUGCUCGACUUUGUGAAAGAGCAGGAGCUCAGAGAGGUGUGUUCCAUCUACGGUUGUACGCCCUAUCAAAUUCUAGUUCUAUGCUACGUUCAAACUCUCAGAACAUGCAAUGACUUAAGCGAUAUCGUCAUUGGGACUACAGUGGCGAAUCGGGCUCAAGAAAACAUGGAUAUUGUUGGACUUUUCGUCGAAACUAUCCCAUUGCGAUUCAAAAAAGAGUUCGCCGAUACAGCAGAGCAUUUGCGUUAUGUUGGCGAUCAGAUCCUAUCUGCUAUGGAACAUCAAAGCACACCUCUUACGAAAAUCAUUGAAGAAGUCGUCGUAGGUCGUGACUUGGCGACUAAUCCUCUUUUUCGGCACGUUCUUACCUUGGAGAGCGCUUCUAUCAAAGAGCUACCCAAGAUGAGAGGGAUAGAGUCGGAGGUUAUCGAGCCUCGAACAGUGUUUACACAGUUCGAUCAAAGUUGGAUUUUCCACCAAGGAGAUGAACUCACCUUACUGAUACAAUACGACAAAAGUCGCUUCACAGCAUCGCUGAUGUGCGAGCAUCUUAAUCUCUUCAAGUUCUUUUUGAAUCGCCUUCUGAAGCAGAACCCUUUUAACUUUCCACUGCAUUCCAUGACCGCUUCCACCAUACAUGACACCCCUCGAUGCAGAAGUUUGGGAACAGCCUUUGCCGAGCAAGCAGUGCUACUACCAGACAGCAUUUGCCUCGAGAGCAACUCUGGGAUGCUCAGUUUUCAGAGCGUUUUGGCAGCUGCCAGAGGCUUUGCAAAGAGAAUGCAAACAUCAAUUCUUCAAAACAGCGCAGAACUUCCUCGAAGUGAUGAUGUGAUCUGCCUUAUACUGCCUGAGUCAAUCGAAAACCAUAUUGCCAUGAUUUCUGCUCAUCUGCUGGGUUGCGCCUAUUUGUGUCUUCCCCCAGAUACUCCGUGUGAAAGGAUAAACUUUGUACUAACAGAUUGCCAAGCCCAACUGGUAGUCACAAAUCUGAACUUGCACGGAAGUUCAGUACCAAUUCUGCCUCCUCAUGUCUCGUUUGAGAACCAAAGUCGUUAUCGGUCAAGGUCCUGUUCGAAUUCCUUCGCCUACUUGAUUUACACGUCGGGCACUACCGGCAAACCAAAAGGUGUCUGUGUAAGCCAUCAAAGUACGUUGAAUAUGUUAGAACAUGCAACUAGACUGUACCAUUUCCGACCUGGAGGGCGUGUUUUGCAAUUCACGAAGAGCUCAUUCGAUGCAAGUGUUAGCAAUACUUUUGGCAGCCUCUUGAAUGGGGGCCUUCUGAGUGUAAGGGACGAGAACGCAGACGUCGUGCACGAUUUGGCCCGACGCCAGCCUAUUACAGUGCUGCACAUGACGCCUAUCAUCAUGGAGAUGUUUGACGAGCACGAUUUAGCCCGGCUAUCACAAGUGGAACUUUGGAGUUUUGGAGGUGAAAGUAUCUCUGAAUCCACAUUGGCUACAAUGAUCAGUCACGGACAGCGACUUGUUCAGCUUUACGGACCAACUGAGACUACUUGCUACCAAACAUCACUUAAGAUGAAAAGGGGGCAUAGCUCGACUUGCUUGGGAGAAAUUAUUCCAGGUCUGCAGCAUAUCCUGUGUUCUUUUACUAAUCCUUUAGUAACACGAAAGUCUGUGGGACAAGUCGCCUACAGCGGAGAGAACCUUGCGAGGGGGUACACCUCUGCAGCUGAUAAAAGCUUCGUUGAGAACCCAUUCCGAACAUUCGAGGAUCGUAUUCUCCGGAGGAACCAUAGGCUAUACCUGGUUGGGGACAGACUACGACGCGACGCGAGCGGAUGCUUAUAUUUCCUGGGACGGUACGACGAUCAGGUAAAAGUAAAAGGACAUCGCGUUUAUCUAGCUGAAAUCGAAAGUGAAGCACGCAAGAUCAAUGGCAUUACAAAUGCAGCGGCUGUUAUUCAAAGACCUAAAAUGGGGUCGAAUCAGCUGAUUUUAUUCUACACAGGACCAGCCAGGGACCCGUUUGCUGAUAUUCAGAAACAGUUCCCGUCAUCUAUGUUGCCGUCAAGAGUAAUCAAAGUUACAGAGUUCCCUCUCACCUCGAACAUGAAAAUUGACAGAGCCAAGUUAUCCUCAAUGGUCAGCUGUUCAUCAGCUUCAGCGAUUAAAGCGGAACCACAAGGUAGCAUUGAACGACAGGUCCUGGAAAGGUUUCGAGAAGUUCUGCAACAGACUGAAAUUGAUGUCAACACGAACUUCUUCCAGGCUGGUGGACAUUCAUUGCUUGCCGUUCGUUUAGUUGGCCUUCUUGAAAAGUCCUUCAGAACAUCAGUUCCGAUAGUCAAAGUUUUCGAGUUUCCGUGUGCGAGGGAGUUGGCCAACUGGAUCAGAAGUGUUUUGGACGUUCAUCCUGAUUUAAGCGCAAUUACAAACAUAGCAGGUGGUGAACAACCGUCACCUCUUCAGACAACUCUUCUCCGCUCGUUCAAAAAUCCGAGGAUACAAGCCUUGUAUGAUAUGUCGCUGAGUGUCACUUUGAAGAAGGAGUUCCGACAAAGGAGGUAUGUAGAGAUUGUCAACCAACUCAGCAUGGUUCAUCCUUCACUUCGCACCAGGUUCAUCAAGAAUGGCCGGAGGUAUUGGAGAGAAAUACUUUCUGGAACUGAGUGCUUCCAGGACUUGAAUGCCGAAGAAAGAGUCACCCUUGACCCAUCCGCCAAGCCUCUCUUCAUUGCCCGUCUCGAUAGGGAUCGUAUUUGUAUUACUGUGAAUCACGUAAUCACUGAUGGGCAUUCUAUGCAAGUGAUUGUGACGAGUCUGAUGCGAAUACUCAAGCAUCAAAAGGUCUCAAUGGAUGAUGGCCUCAAGCUACACUCCUGGAUAUCGCAGAGGUUCUUACAAUCCAGGAAUGAUGACCUGCAAUAUUGGAAAGAGUUGCUGAAGGACUUUGUAUACAACCAAUUGCCCACAACAUUUCCUAGAUUGGCGAUCAAUGAGGCUCAUGCCGGAGAGUUGUUCGUCUCCAGCAAUUGGCUAGCAUCAGCAGUUAAGUCAUGGGUGGAAAGGUACGGAUGCUCCCCUUUUGUGGCUACACUUACACUGUUGUCGAAAACCCUCCAACUACUCAGCUGUGACCCUCAACUCCCAUUCGCUAUCGGAUUUCCCGUUAACCUCAGAACUGAGGAACUUCAAAACUCAGUUGGGUAUGGUGUGAACACAGUGGUGGUGUUUCAAGACACGAACGGUACGCCAGCGGAAGUGCUUCAGAAGAUGAUGGCCCACGUUGCUGGAGCCAUGUCGCAUGCAUUCAUUCCCUAUGAAGAGCUAGUCAAUUUGUCUCCGUCUAAGAAGCUCUUCAGCGUUAUGCUCACUUAUGACAGUUAUUCCAUCUACGAAAAUGAGGAAUUGAUCGUAGAACCGGAUGCGACAACCGUUACGAAGUUCGAAAUUUCCAUUUUCGUUAAUCCUGAAAGUGAUACGAUCCGAUUUGAGUAUAACCGAACACUGUUCGAUGAAGAAUACAUCAGCAACCUUGUUGAGACCUUGCAGAACAUCGCGCGCAACUGGGAAUAUCGCAUUCCGAGGACGGUUGGCGAUCCUCUGCGCAUUGGUAAAGCUGUGUUUGAUCCAUCCGACAUCGCAAAACGCAUCGUUUUCUUGCCGAUUGAGAACAUGAAGAUCAAGUAUACUGACGGGCUGGAGCUGCACUACAGUAGCUGUGUACAAGUUGAUGAUGCUAUCCGACGAGCUCUCAUGCAGUUACCAAGACACCUACACCCUCAGAAAAUAGUCUUCAACAGAAAAACCAUCUCCGAAUUUCCUCUUAGCUCUCAGCAACUUCAAAUGUACUACCUGUCCCUUGAAGACCCUCAUGCAUAUGUGCUAUCGUUCCUGAAAAAGUUCCCGAAGACCGUUUCAAUUGUUCAUCUCCAUAGAGCGCUGCUCUAUGAAAUACAGCGUCACGAAGCACUGAGGACGAUUUUCUUCGAGGAACAAGGCCAACCAAAGCAAAUGAUACUCUCCAUGACUGAAGCAUACGUAAGCCGAACUGUCCAGAGCACCACAGCGCUGAGGAAAUCAGUGGAACUGUUUUGCCGAGCCCCGCUUGACCUUAUGCACUGUGUUCCAAUCAGGGUGAUGUUAUUUGAAGAACGUGACUGUAUCGUAGCUGCAAUGGUUCUUAAUCAUAUCAUUUCGGACGCAUGGUCGACGACUGUACUGGAGCGGGAGCUCAGCACUGUAUUGGAAAGCCUUCAGAAUGGCAGAAGGCCAUUCAUCUGUCGACAAAAUUAUACCUAUAGAGACUACUGCCAAGAACCUAGUAAAAGUACAGAAAUAGACGAAGAAUACGUCGAUCAGCUCGUCAGCGCGGAAGGUAUCCCUCUCGAAGAUGAGCGAGGGGAAGUGGAGCGAUUGCAGUUCGAGUUUCCCGAAGUGGUGGCUCAACGGUGGACGAAACGAUGCGGCGCCUCGUUGUUCGUCGUUAUGCUGACGAUCAUUUCAAAUAGCGUAAUGAACUUAUACGGACUGAAAUCUAUCAACGUAGGAGCCCCUUACUUCAAUCGAUCAGCAAAAACGAAAUCAUUAAUGGGAUAUUUCCUCAAUAAUCUAGUAUUUCAUAUAAGGAAGGAAGAUGUCGAGUCGAAAGGACUUCAGACGCUACAGCGCCAUGUUACAAAUGUCUUGUCGAAGAAUAUUCCCUUUGCUGAGCUAAUGGCUUCUACACGUCGACUGAGAGGAAACCUUAAGCCGUUAUUCCAAGUUUACUUCAAUUGCAGGUAUGAUUUGGAAUUCGAUGAAGGUGAUGAUCACGAUAUAAUGUCGAUGCUUCCAGUGACUUCCCAGUUCCCACUGGAAUUCGAUCUUGACAGGUGCGAAGGUGGCUAUCGUACCACAUUGAGGAUGCAAAAAUGCUUAAGUCGUAAGGAUGGAGCACAGCUCAUGGAAAACAUUUGUCAGCAGCUCCAGUCCGAAAAAAUGCCGAUGGAAUUGAGGGAGUGCAGCCAAGCGAAGUGUGUUGACGUGGUUGUGCAGCUGGCGUGCAAAGUUCUAGGUGUAGAAGCACUUGAUCAGAAUGAUAACUUUUUCUCUGCUGGGGGGAAUUCGCUGCAGUUGAUUGCUUUCGUGGAAAUGCUCGAAGAAGCACUGAAUACAGAAAUAGAAGUUUCAGAUGUUUACCAGAUGGAGUCGUUUUUAGAGUUCGCCAACCAAAUACAGUCCUCGACCUCGACGGCAGGAGGAGAAGCUCACAGCCGACAUGUGGAACUUCAGGACAAAAAUUCUGAGAAAAGUGAUGCAACCGCUUCAAUCACGAUUUCGUUGACAGAGAGACUCCCUCGCUCAGAAAGAAAGGGCCUCAGCGACAAUCCAAACAUCAGUUUAUCGAAUUUCUUACUAACACUGAAGAAGUACGGAUCACGGAACUGUCUGAUUGAGCCUGGAUCUUCCAUAUUUACCUAUGCCGAUUUGGCAUCUUCGAUAGAGCUGCAAGCAGUCUCGAUCCGACGUUCGUAUUGCCAGGUCAUUGGUGAAACCCUGCGCAAUGAUACUAUCAUACCCGUUGUUGGAGAAAACUCCGCUUCUACUUUCAUCUCCUGUUUGUCAGUAAUAGCCGCUGGUGCUGCUUACCUUCCAAUUGAUUCCAGUUACCCUAUUGAAAGGAUAAAAUUGCUUCUCAAAGAGUCACAAGCUGAAUGCUAUGUUGGAGCAGAUAUUUCAGGAACCCACUUCAGUCGCCUAUCAACAACUUCUCACGUCAGAGUCCGUCGACUUAUGAACAGUAGCGCACAGGAAGAUCUAGCGUAUGUCAUCUACACUUCCGGUACAACCGGCGUUCCUAAGGGGGUAUGUGUAAAACAGGAGUCCGUGCUCAACAUGAUGCAAUGCUCCACGGUCGACUUUAGGCUGAACUCCGAUGACGUUGUAUAUCAGUUUACGAAUUUCGUUUAUGAUAAUAGUGUUUUAGAGAUUUUCAUGACCCUAGUAAACGGAGCAAAGUUAGUCGUCGCUACGGAGAUGUUUACUCCAAGGCGAUUCUUCAGCCUCAUGGAUCAACAUGGCAUUACUUAUUGCCUACUUUUCCCUGGAAUCGUGGCCACGUUCAAUGAGCAGCAUUUCAGGAGACUCGCUGAUCUCCGCUAUUGGAUUGUUGGAGCCGAGAAGUUUCCUCAGCAAAUGUUUGACAUAGCCAUUGAAGCCGGAGUAAGCAUUAUUCAGAACUAUGGCCCUACUGAGACGACGGCGUACGCACUGACAAAAUAUAUGAAGAUUACCGAUCACUCCAAUAAUCUAGGUCGAGCAAUUCGGAACACUGAAACCAUGGUAAAGGAAGAUGGCGAGUUGUUGCUCAGAGGGAAAGGCCUGAUGCGAGGUUAUUUUGGAUCAACUCGCCAAGACGUUCUUUUGGAAGAUUCCUGGUAUGCCACGGGAGAUCAGGUUCAGUCACUCCCAAAUGGCGAUAUACUUUUUGUGGGAAGGAGGGACAGUCAAGUGAAAAUCCGUGGGCAGCGCGUUGAAUUGAGUGAAAUUGAGGCAACAGUGAAUGCUGUCGCAGGAGUCAAGCAGUGCGCAGUCGUAUUCCAAGAUCAAGUUCUUCUGGUAUUCAUCACGACUGACUCACCAAAGGAUAACGUGGUACGUAGAAUUCUGGACAAGUCUUUGAAUUCGCUUCCCAGCCACAUGCGACCCUCUCACGUGUUUCCAGUGGACGAGUUUCCACUCACGAAAAACGCGAAAAUCAACUUGGCACUUCUCAGGGACAACUGGAAGAAAUACUUGUGGAAAGACAGGCUUCGCGACUUGGUUGAGAAAAUUCUUGAGAAAAAAGUGGACCCUGAGUUGAGCUUCAUGGAUGCUGGGGGAUCAACAAAACUGGCAAUCAAACUGAGUCUCCUGCACAUGUCCAAAUAUGGAAAUACCUUUAACAUAGCCCAUCUGCUUCAAAGGCCAUUGAAGAAUGUAGGUGCAGGCAACGAGCAAAAUAUGUUUAAUGAAAAUCCGAAGAGGACGGAAAUAUUAGACAAGCGACUCAGAAAAAUAUGGCAGAAGGUGCUCAAGAGCGACAAUAUUCAGUCGAAUGACCAUUUCUAUUUCAGCGGGGGCAAUUCAAUUACCCUAAUAAAGCUGUUGUACGAAAUCAAUACUGAAUUUGGAGCACAAUUCAAAAUUCAGAACCUUUUGAGCAACCUAAUCUUCAGCGAGAUGAGCUCAAUGAUAGGAUCACAGAGUUCUCCAGUGAGCAUUGCCAGUAUAGUUCAUGAUCCUUUGGCUCCUCGAUUCAGCGUAGUGUUCAUCCACGCGCUUUAUGGAGGCAGCGCUCCAUAUUUCGAGCUAAUACGAUCUCUGAUACAAUUGGAUGACUUCCAAAUCAUUGCAGUACAACAUCCGAAUACCUUCGAAUUCCAAUGUGAUGACAUGAAAUUUUAUGAGAGUGUGCAGUCAGUAGCUGAGAGAUAUGCCGAGGAGGUAAGAGAACAUUCAUAA